AGGAAACAGUUACAGCUCAUAUACAUUACUGAAGUCGGCUUUUUGAAGCAGAAAGCGGUGCGCGUUUUGUACGCUCGCACAGCACAUGACAUGAUUAUCAAUAAACAACAAAAAAACUCUAUAAACCCCUUCAUUCGCCCCUAUUUUUCCUCCAAAUCGCAUCGAAUCUGCUUCUUAAUCUUACUUUUCCGUUUGCAAAUUCGAAUUUCUUACAUCCGAUUUGCCGUUAACGUCAUCGAAUCUCUGGUUUUGUUGUGAUGGAGGUGGAUCUGGAGGAGGUUUAGUGUGUUUGUUAGGUUUGGAUUGAAGGAUAUAGGUGUGGAUUUGUGAAGGAAGUGAGGAAAUGGCUGCGGUUAAGGGUGAGCAUCAUCACGCGAUUCCGUUAUCGGUGUUGUUGAAACGUGAACUGGCGAGUGAGAAGACGGAGAGACCGGAGAUUACUUGUGGUCAGGCUAGCCAGUCUAAGAAAGGGGAGGAUUUCGCGUUGGUUAAGACGGAAUGUCAACGUGUGUUAGGGGAUGGUGUCACUACGUAUUCGGUAUUUGGGAUAUUUGACGGUCAUAAUGGGUCUGCGGCAGCUAUAUAUGCUAAGGAGAACCUUUUAAACAAUGUAUUGGGAGCUAUUCCUAAAGACCUUAACCGAGAUGAAUGGGUCACAGUGUUGCCCAGGGCUUUGGUGGCAGGAUUUGUGAAAACAGAUAAAGAUUUCCAAGAACAAGUUCAAUCCUCAGGAACAACUGUCACCUUUGUAAUUAUCGAAGGAUCAGUUAUCACCGUAGCUUCUGUUGGUGAUUCCCGCUGCAUACUUGAGUCUGCAGAUGGUGGCUUAUAUUAUUUAUCAGCAGAUCACAGGCUUGAUUGCAGUGAAGAAGAGAGGGAGCGUGUCACUGCAAGUGGCGGUGAGGUUGGUCGGCUUAAUGCUGGUGGUGGUGCACAAAUUGGUCCUUUGAGAUGUUGGCCCGGUGGAUUGUGCCUCUCCCGAUCGAUUGGAGAUGUAGACGUUGGAGAGUUCAUCGUGCCUGUUCCUUAUGUUAAGCAAGUGAAGCUGUCCUCUGCUGGUGGAAGGAUGAUUAUUGCAAGCGAUGGGGUAUGGGAUGCCAUGUCAGCAGAAGCAGCUCUAGUUUGUUGUCGUGGACUGCCACCAGAUACAGCAGCUGCACAAAUUGUUAAAGAAGCUGUACAAUUCAAAGGAUUAAGGGAUGACACAACCUGCAUUGUCGUUGAUAUUCUUCCUCCAGAAAAGACGAACUCUAACGUCCCACAUGCAAAGAAGACUGGUAAAGGGGUAUUAAAAUCCAUGUUUAGGAGAAAGAGUUCCGGGUCUCCCCCUCAGGUUGAUGCAGUGUAUCUUCAGCCAGAUGUGGUGGAAGAGCUAAUAGAGGAAGGAUCAGCUUUGCUUUCAGAAAGGUUACAUACCAAAUACCCGUUGUCUAACUUGUUCAAAUUGUUCACUUGUGCGGUGUGUCAAAAAGAAAUGAAACCAGGGGAGGGUAUUUCCGUACUUUCAGGAGCGGGUAAUUCGGCCAAACCAAAUCCUUGGGAUGGUCCUUUUCUUUGCUUAAGCUGCCAUGAGAAAAGAGAGGCCAUGGAAGGCAAAAGACCUUAAGUAAUCGGUGGCUAUACAUAUGACCCGAGUAUGGAUGCGAAGACCGAAAAAGGCUGAUUUUGAGAUAAGUUACUAUGUAAAAUUGCUCAACCUACCUUUGAGCCUUGAUCAAUAAUUCUUUUGUAAUUCUUUCUUGUGCUCAAGUUGGGCCACUACUGUAGUUAAAAUCUUGCCCUAAUUCCAUGUUCAUAUAACAAGGGAAGGGAGGAAGCCUAAAAUGUGCUAGGCUUGGAGAAAUUACAUAAAACCCCAUUGAAUAGAAUUGGGGGUCUCUAAUUGGACAGUUGACAGAAAGUUUGUCUUGGAAUUUUAAUUAUUAUGAGGGUAUCAAUUUUUUGAAAUUCUUGUAUUACUAGAUUCUCUUAAUUGAACACUGUUUCAGAUUUGUCUGUAUUAUGAUAUGAUAUUCAUUCAUAGUAACUUUAAGAUCUUGUACUAUCAUGAUUCUGUUUUCAUGAAACAUUUUUUCUAUUU